AUGCGUGUGCCGCCAAAUUUUGCUUCACCACAGCAAGACUUGGAGAAGAAGCAAAAUGCAGCAUCCUCCUCCUAUCAUGAAUCGGAAAAGGAAAACCAUCCUCCUACCAUCCAUGAUGAUUCCUUUCUUUCCAUGAAUCCAAGUCAAGACAACUCUCGAUCUAUUUCAUCUCCAAUUUCAUCAUCAUUGACGCAAUCGGAUCGAAGGAAUUCUUCGACCACAACGUGUUCGUCGAAUAAUCGAAAUGAUGAGAAUCAUCAGAAUUCGAACGAAUGGAACACAUGUUUUUCGAGCUUCGAUGAAAAUUCUUGUUGUUCGAAUGAUGCUGAUGAUGAUGGAACCACAACGUGUUGGAAUGACGCUUCGAAAGGUUUUCGAAAGAAUAAUGAUGGUUCGAAAAAUAAUCACACAAGUCCAUCAUCCUCUUCUGGCGCAUCAUCAUUGGUAUUGAAUCAUCAUCAACGAGUGAUUGUAGUAGUAGAUGAAACAAUGUCUCAAGGGACGGAAGAGUUGAAAAAGAGACCUCGUGGAAUUUCUUCCAAUUUUGGUGAAGAAGAUUCUGAAGCGAUGAGUAUGAAUGGUGUUGGACAUGAUGAUACUACAAUCGAUCAAGAUGAUUCGAUUUGCUUGAGAAAAAGAAUCAAUCCUUUGAAAAGUAAAAGAGUCAAGAAGAAUGACCAUCCAUUGACAUCUGACAGCUCAGCAUUCCAAGAUUCAUGGACCUUAUAUUCACUUUCAGACACUCCUCAAGAAAUGAUUGAAAUUAUUAUCAGUUUUCUAGAUGAUUCUUCUCGUGCAUUGGCAGCCUUGACCUGUUCCAAAUUUCACCAAGCAUGUGAAAAUAUUGUCGCUCGUGAAUUUACUUAUUAUUUUCAUCAAGAAAACAAUUCUCUCAUUCUUCCUUUGGCACAAGGUCCUGUAAGCACCAAUGACAUUGAAAAUGUCCAAAACAAGUUCAACAUGACUCUUCCAUUCCUUUUGAAAAUUUUUCUCACAUUAACCGAUGGAAGAGAGCCAUGGCACAACACAUUUAUUCAUUUUUCAAAUAUGAUACGACCUAUUCGAGAGUGGAAAUUAUUGAAACGAGAUGUUUUACUAUUAGGAACCACACUCGAUUCCAAUAUUCAAUUACUUGUCAAUUCCAACCAUGUCUUCUUUUUAAGGAAUGUCACACAAAAUUCAUUGGAGCGUUUACACUUUAAGGAUUGGAUUCAACGAAAGAAUUUUUCUUUUGAAUAUGUUCAUUACAAUAUUGAGAAAGUGAAUGAGCGCCGAGUACUUCCUUAUUCAUUGACUCAUUUCAAUUCAAUACCACCAUGUUGUAUGGCAAAGAAGAAUAUUGUGCGAAACAUGUUGAGUCAAAAAGGUUUAUUAUUGAACUUUGUUUCGAGAGAGUUCAUGCAAGAUGAAGAAUUGGUGUUAUGUGCUGUGAAGCAAGAUCCAAUGGCGUUUAAAAUGUGUUCACACCAAAUGAAAAGUAAUGUACGAGUGGUGUUGGAAACUGUGAAAAAACGUUCGGACUUGUUACAACUCGCUGGAGAGUGUUGUAGAAACAAUCCUGAAGUGGUAUUGACAGCAACGGCUCAUUGUCAAGAUAGUUUGGAAAAUACUAUUCGAUUUGCAGGGAAGGAAUUGAAAGCAAAUAAGGAAUUCAUGUUGAAAGCAGUUCAAGCUUGUAACAUGGCGUUCAAAUAUGCUUCGGAAGAGUUGAGAAAUGAUCCAGAAUUGGCUUUACUAGCUGUGAAAAAGAGAGGAUGGAUUUUGCAAUAUGCAUCCAAAUCGAUUCGACAAAAUCGAAAUUUUGCAUUGCAAGCCAUUCAAUGGGACGCAAAGGCACUCAAAUAUGUCUCUGAAGUAUUGAGACAAAAUCGAUCGUUUAUUAUGGAGGCCAUUCAACGAAAUCCUAAAGCACUUGAAAAUGCUCCUGAUACGUUUAGAAAUGAUCGUGAAAUUGUUCGAGAGGCUGUUCAACAGGAUGGUCUCACCUUGGCUUUUGCCUCAAAUGUGUUGAGAAAUGAUCUUUCGAUUGUUGUUUUGGCCAUGACUCAAAAUCCCAAGGCCAUUCAAUUUGCUUCCAAUGAUAUUCAAUUUCAACUUGGUCAGCAUGGAAUUUAG